AUUUUUUUCUGACAAGCGGUAGUCACGCGGUAGUCUUUUCGGAAUUUCGGACACCUGCGGCGAAGUGGCGAAUUUCAACAUUGCGAAAAUUUGACAAUCAGCUGACAAGCAAACUGUGGGGAAAACAAAGCAGUAAAUUUUAUGUUGCACGUAAAUUCGUGCUAUUUUCACAAAUUUCACUAGUUUAUCACCAUGGACGAGACGGAUGAUGUGUUUAGAUAUGUGUACAGUUCAUCUUUGGACAAUCGGGUGUGUGUUAAAGUGGGAACCUUCGAGGGUUUUCAGCAUAAACCGUGCUAUGAGAAACUCCUGGAGGAUCCAAUGCUGCGAUUCUCAGGCUUGUACACAGAAACCUGCGCUCCGCUUAUGGUGAAAUUGCAGCUGUGGAACAAAGGAAAGCCCUAUGGAGUUGCCGUUACGACCUCAUUCAAGGCAUUCACAAAACGCUGGAACUGGAAUGAAUGGAUCACGCUACCCGUGGAGAUGCGUGAUCUUCCCCGAACAGCUGUGCUAACCUUCACAAUAUUGGACUAUGCUGGUCCAGGGAGGACGGUGAAUGUAGCAGGAACAUCCAUAUCGCUUUUUGGAAAAAGUGGAGUCCUUAGGCAAGGCGUCUAUGAUUUACGUCUAUGGCCAGAUGUCGCUGGGGAUGGCAAUGUACCCAGUACGACACCGGGAAAGGGGAAAGAUGCCAGCAAAAAUCAAAUGCAGCGACUGGCAAAACUGGCCAAGCGCCACAGAAAUGGACAAAUGCAGAAAGUUGACUGGCUCGAUAGACUCACAUUCCGGGAGAUUGAGGUGAUCAAUGAGAAGGAGAAGCGACAAUCCGACUACAUGUACUUAAUGGUAGAAUUCCCGUCGGUCUUUGUCGAUGAGAAACCGUGCUCCAUAAUUUAUUUUGAGCCUGAUGGCGAUCAAAAGUACACCUUCAUCUCCAAGCCCAAACUAGUAACAGUUCCUGAUCCUGAGAUUCUAUUAGACAAUUUAGUGGAAAAGAAACAUCAUCUGCUCUCGCGUUCAGCACGAUCGGGACUCUCUGAUCGGGAUGCAAAGCCCACAGCUGGUGAUCGUGAUAUCCUUCAUACCAUUGUCUAUCGCUACCCACCCACUUACACACUGUCCAGCGAAGAGCAGGAUUUGGUGUGGAAAUUCAGGUUUUACCUGAGUAGUCACAAAAAAGCCCUUACCAAGUUUCUCAAGUGUAUCAAUUGGGAGACAACGGCUGAAGUGAGACAAGCUCUUGGGCUUUUGGCUCACUGGACACCAAUGGAUGUUGAAGAUGCUCUAGAGUUGCUAACACCAACAUUCUCUCAUCCGGCUGUGCGAAAGUACGCUAUAACGAGGCUAAAACAGGCACCUGAUGAGGAUUUGCUACUGUACCUCCUGCAGUUGGUGCAAGCCCUCAAGUAUGAGAAUUUUGAAGAGAUCUUUGAGAUCUAUAGAAAAAUUAUGCCCGAAAAGGAGAUAAUGAAGUCAAUUGAUGACAAUCCCUGUGACUCAAUGACAGAGUCAACAGGAAGCCCAGAAGCUUUUGCCGAAAGCUGCGUUCAGAGUAUGACAUCAACAGAAUUGGCUGAGCAGGUGGACAUGGCACAUACAUCACAGGAUCUUGGACACAAUUCCUCCACAGAAAUGUCCGAGGCUUCAAAUACUUUGAUGAGUGACACAAAUUCCAGCUCAAAGUGCAAUUUGGCAUCAUUUCUCAUCCAAAGGGCCUGUCGCAAUGCCACCUUGGCCAAUUAUUUCUUCUGGUAUCUCACGGUUGAGUGUGAGGAUCACAAUCAUAUUCUGAGGAAGCAGGAUGAGAAGGUGAGGGAGAUGUAUAUGACGGUGCUAAAGACAUUUAUGCGGACCCUAUCGACGGGAAGUGCAGAACAUAAGACCAUUCAUGCGAAUCUCAAGAAGCAACAGCGUUUCAUUGAGAAGCUCGUCAAGUUGGUGAAAAUGGUGGCCAAGGAGUCGGGCAAUAGGAAGAAAAAGACGGAGAAAUUUCAGCAAUUGCUGGGUGACACGGAUGCCUUCAAGAUAAAUUUUGCCAAUUUCGAGGCAAGACCCUUUCCACUUGAUCCUGGAGUCUUCAUCAAGGGAAUUGUUUUCCAGAAUGUUACUCUCUUCAAGAGUGCACUGAUGCCUGCAAAGCUCACUUUUAUCACGACAACAAAUGAGGAUUAUGUGGCAAUUUUCAAGCACGGCGAUGAUUUGCGACAGGAUCAAUUGAUACUGCAAAUGAUCACCCUUAUGGACAAGUUGCUGCGGCGGGAGAAUCUCGACCUCAAACUGACUCCUUACAGAGUUCUAGCUACAAGUGCCAGGCAUGGCUUUAUGCAGUACAUUGAUUCAAUAACUGUGGCUGAUGUGAUUGCCAAUGAGGGUGGCAUUCAUAAUUAUUUCCGCAAGCAUCAUCCUUGCGAAAAUGGUCCCUUUGGCUUUGCCUCCGAAAUUAUGGAUACAUACAUAAGGAGCUGUGCAGGAUAUUGUGUUAUCACAUACCUGCUGGGAGUGGGAGAUCGUCAUCUGGAUAAUCUACUGCUGACAACGUCUGGAAAGCUCUUCCAUAUUGAUUUUGGCUAUAUUUUGGGUCGUGAUCCCAAACCCAUGCCGCCUCCAAUGAAACUGAGCCGUGAGAUGGUGGAAGCGAUGGGUGGAGUAAAUUCUGAGUAUCAUCAUGAAUUUCGCAAACUCUGCUAUACGGCCUUCCUCCAUUUGCGACGCCAUGCAAAUCUCAUGCUCAAUCUUUUUUCGCUGAUGGUGGAUGCUUCGGUGCCGGAUAUUGCUCUGGAACCAGAUAAGGCUGUGAAGAAGGUGGAGGAUAAUCUCAAGUUGGGAUUGAAUGAUGAAGAGGCUGUACAGCAUUUACAGGGGCUGCUCGAUUUCUCCAUUUCCGCCGUUAUGCCCGCUCUUGUUGAACAAAUUCACAAAUUAGCCCAAUAUCUGAGAAAGUAAAGAAAUUAUUGUCUCUAUAGCUUCGACUGACAGAUAUAACUAUAUUGAAGAAGAAAUUGAUUAUAAAAAAAAAAAUCUUGAUCACAAAUUUUUUAGGACAUAGUGUUGUAUUUUUAAUGAAAGAAAUGAAAAAAAAAACAAAUCUGUAUUAAAAUGUAGAAAUUUA